AUGAUUGAGGCUAACAUUCACAAACCAAUCGGUGUGGAAGGCCCUGUGAGAAUAUCGCUGGAUCUCAGGCAAAUUGCGUUGCAAGCUCGGAACGCAGAAUACAACCCCAAGCGUUUUGCCGCCAUCAUUCUUAGAAUAAGGGAACCAAAAACUACAGCGUUGAUUUUUGCCUCUGGGAAGAUGUACCUUGAAGCUGAAAUUUACAACUUUUGA